AUGCUGGCUAGAGCUUCCAGAUGCUCUGCUUUCCGGGCAUCGAGCAAUGCGGCAGGGUCCGGGGCCUGUCAAGUAGCUUCCACCUCCUACUCUGCAAACGUCGUACGACCGUCCCACCUAUCUGGAACAUGUCGAGUUGCGCCUUCUACUCGUUUUCUCACCUCCUCAGCGGCUGCAGCGCUGCCACGUCAACUUCCGGGUCGCUCCCUACCUCGCGAAGAGCAAGAUGACGAAUCUCAUGCCACUACGACCGCGAUCUCGUCCAGCAACAACGUCAGCGACGAUCUCAGCGGCACCGACCCUUCCAUUCCAUGGUUCCUCCAGACAGAGACAAUAGAUCCGCCAUCAUCGUUAGAUCCGCAAAAUGAUCCUUCGCAAAUGGAGACAGAAUCCAUGGCGUCCACAAACAGUUUUUCAUACAUCCCGCUCACUCCCAAAGUCAAUGAGCCCAAGGCCAUCGCCAAACUCAAAUCGCACCUUCUCACCGGUCCUUCCGCCAACUUGAUCGCUCGACCCGCCGAAGAUCAAGAUCAGCUCACGCCCAUCACUCUGAUUCACCCAGCAUCCCUGUCAAAAGAUUCCAGCUCCGACGCAUACGGUACCAACGACUGGAUCGUCGUGGUCCAAGUCAAGAGCAGCGCCGCGGGCAGCGUCCGCAGAGUUGCCAUCGACAUCGGGCGAUUUCUCAAGCAUCAACCGCCUCCAGCCAUGGAGGACGAGUUCGAUCUCGACGAUUUCCUCGGUCCAGGUCCCUCUGCUCCGCGCUACACAAAGUCGACAGCGCCGAAAUCGACCACCCCUCCGGCCUCACCUCGUCCCAAGGGCAUGUCGCGGAUUGAGCACGAACUCGGCAAGCGUCUUCCCGACUGGGCGGUACAUCGCAUCGCACUGCAGAGAAAGUUCCCCGACGGCUGGCGUCCACCCAAGAUCCUCUCCAGAGAAGCGCAGGAAGGUAUCCGCCUCCUGCAUUCGUCCGACCCGGAGCAGUUUGACGUGGUCGAGCUCAGCAACCGAUUCCGCGUGUCCACCGAGAGCGUCCGUCGCAUUCUACGAUCUGGCAAAUGGGCCAUCUCGGGUGAGGUCAGGAGCAGACAAGAUCGCAGGGCUGCCGAACGCGCUUCCGAGCGCGAGUCGUCCGAGCUCGCCGAGAUUCGACGUCUGCAGGAGGAACAGAGCGAGUUGGUGGAGGAUGGCGAAUCACCCUUGAUUGAGGAAGACGAUGCGUUUGACGAUAUGCUGGAGGAGGACGAUGCAACGCCGGGUAUACAGCCGGUUAGGUAUGAAGGCCUGGUCAUGUCUGCAUCAGAUGCUUCCGCACUCGGCGUGACGAGCAAGAGCAAGACCGGUGGCAAAAAGGGCGAUGGCAACUGGUGUCUUGUCGAUGCAGAUUGGUGCAUGGUACACGUCAUGACGGAACAGGCUCGAUUCAAUUAUGAUAUUGAGGGCAUCUGGCGCGAGCUAGAGGUCGGUGCAACAACCAAGCCCAAGCCAUGGGAACAAGAAGGCGCAUUCGGAAACGCUACGGCCGCGACACCUUCUCGACCAAGAACCAAGCGUGACGUGUUCGGCGGAAGCCUCGGCAAUCGCAAGCGGAACAAGAACGUCGCUGGUCACGACAGUGCAUCCGCCAAAUUCGGCAGCUUCAGCAGAGGUUUCUCGACCAGCACCAGGCGUCUCGCACCAUCAUCAACACCAUUACCCACCGCUGCUGCUGUGGUACCAGAGAGCCUCGACCAGCUCCUCUCUCGCGCCCACCAAACCUUUCAAUCUGGCUCGACCGACCCCAUCCCCGUAGACGUCAAAGCCUGGCUCCGAUCCACGCGCAAGCAAAAGUCCAUCACGUUCCUCGAACUAUCCGACGGUUCCCUUCCCGGCUCCCGUUCGCUCCAAGCUGUGGUACGUAGCACCAAAGAUUCCCCCGAUACGCUCAUCGAUCGACUUGCCGGUCUCACCGUUGGCACCGCUGUUCGUCUCACAGGUACACUCAAACCGGGUCGCGGUUCAAAAAAAGGACAAGAGGUCGAACUCGACGCUUCCUCCGUCCAGGUGCUCUCGAACUGCGAUCUGACCUAUCCGCUUGCGGCGGUGCAGAUGCAGCACAACAGCACGGCGGUGGAGCAGGGCGGAUAUUCCGCCAGCCUUGCCGAGCGUCGCAAUCCGCAUCUACUGGGGAGGCUGCCUCGCUACGCGGCGAUUGCGAGGACACGGGAGAGGCUCGAACGCGGGAUGAGCAAGUUUUUGGCGGGGAAGGAUUUCGUCAAAGUGACGUGUCCCGUGUUGACGAGUAGCGACUGCGAAGGUGCCGGGGAGGUGUUCCGUGUGGCAGCGGAUAGUGAUUUACGCGGCAAGCAGGGGCUGGAUUCCUUUUGGUCUGGGACGCAGGCGUACCUGACUGUCUCUUCGCAGCUACAUCUAGAGGCGGCGGGGCUGGGUUUGGGUAGGGUGUGGACGUGCAACCCGGCAUUCAGAGCUGAGGGGAGUGCGACGAACCGACACUUGGCAGAGUUCUGGAUGUUGGAGGCUGAGAUGUACUUUACCGAUCUCAACGGGAUAUUGGAUGUUACGGAGGGGAUGAUCAGAGCGGGGAUCGAGUCGGCAUUAGCGGCUGGUGAAGACAUGGAACUCUUGGCUGACAAAGAUCAUCUCGCCAUGUUGGAAGGUAUCACCCGGGGUGGGGGAUGGAAGAGGAUAACCUACCAUCAAGCGCACGAGUUGCUCUCGUCCGCACCACUGAACACGUUCGAAGUGACACCGCACGUCGACGCAGGGCUAGCGAGCGAACACGAACGAUACCUGGCAGCCCAACUUGGACCCGUAUUCGUGACGCACUAUCCGCUCGAGCAAAAGGCGUUCUACAUGAAGCGGUACGAUGCCGAGAGCGCGCAAACGCUGGUCGAGUGUUUCGAUCUGCUCAUCCCCAAGGUAGGCGAACUGGUCGGUGGGUCCGUCCGUGAACACCGUCCCGAGCAACUGGAACGGAACCUCACGGAUUUGGGUUGCGGUGGGGCGAUGAAGGAUAAGCUAGGGUGGUACUUGGAGGAUUUGAAAAAAUUCGGCGGCGCGGUGGAACAUGCUGGGUUCGGAAUGGGGGUGGAGAGGCUGUUGGCUUGGGUGAGCGAUACGGUUAGUGUGAAGGAUGUGGUGCCGUUCCCGAGGGUGAAGGGUCCGAUGAGGUUUUAG